AUGAAACUUAUUUUUCAUGUUACAAACGGUUUCUUGGUCGAGCCGAAGAGGUUCCACAGGCGAUUAAACUCCAAUCUGUCGGCCUUAAGUUGGUGUGAAUCUGAAGCCUUCACUUUGUUCUCAACUUUUGUUGCUGCGAAGAAGACUGAAUCCGACUCCGAAGUCAGCAAAUCAGAAUCUGAUUCCAACUCCGAUGGAUGCAGAACCUGCGGAGAAGAAGACGACGAAGCCUCUCAACACUGUUGGGACAAAGACAAAACCAGCUCUCUGGAAGAGCAACAGCAGAUCCAGAAGUCAUUGGCUUUGUCUUUGUCCCAACAGUGUUGA